AAAACGUGAUGCACCUUCGAUGCUCAUGUUUUUAGCAUUUUCUUGGAUUCCGUUUCGCCAAUGGACUGACAAAAGCCAACAGAGAUGCUGCUUAAAGAUCUUCCCAGAGAGGCCCUGAUGCGGCCGCUGUCCAGGAAUGAAGUGGUGGGCAUGCUGCUCAGGUUGACCAUCUUUGGUGCAGCCACCUACUACAGCAUCAAAUGGGUUAUAGAGGCUAUGGAUCCUACCUACAAGCAGAAAAACCAAGCCAAGAAAAGGGCAGAACAGCUGAUGAAGAGGAUUGGAGUGGAGGGAGUGAAGCUUACUGAGUAUGAGAUGAACAUUGCAUCUCACCUAGUGGACCCACAUACUAUGAGGGUGUCCUGGAGAGAUAUAGCAGGUCUGGAUGAGGUCAUCAACGAACUGCAAGACACAGUCAUCCUGCCCUUUCAGAAGAGACAUCUUUUAGCUGGAUCCAAACUCUUCCAGCCUCCUAAAGGUGUUUUAUUGUUUGGUCCUCCGGGAUGUGGGAAGACCAUGAUUGCAAAGGCAACAGCCAAAGCCUCGGGCUGCAAGUUUAUAAACCUUCAGGCAUCCACGCUGACAGACAUGUGGUACGGCGAAUCACAGAAACUGACCGCUGCCGUCUUCUCAUUGGCUGCCAAAAUCCAGCCAUGUAUCGUCUUUAUCGAUGAGAUUGAGUCGUUUCUGAGGAACCGCUCCAGCUUGGAUCAUGAGGCCACAGCCAUGAUGAAAGCCCAGUUCAUGAGUCUGUGGGACGGCAUGGAUACUUCCUCAAGCACCCAGGUGAUGAUCAUGGGAGCUACAAACCGACCUCAGGACGUGGAUCCAGCCAUUCUGCGCAGGAUGCCCGCCACGUUUCAUGUUGGACUACCAAACACAAGACAGAGACAAGACAUCCUGAGGCUGAUUUUAGCAGGAGAAAACCUGAGCAACGCAAUUAAUCUGAAGGAGAUUGCUGAGAAGACAGACAGUUACUCCGGCAGCGACCUGCGGGAGCUUUGCCGCGAUGCCGCCAUGUACCGAGUUCGGGACUACGUUCGCAAGGAGCAGAUGAGGCAGAUUGCGCAGCAGCUGCAGGACAGCGAGGAGGAGGAAAGACCUGUAGAUGAGGAGCGCUUGCGGCCAGUCACCCAGCUGGACCUCCUCUUCGGCCUGGACAAGAUGAAGGAAGCAAAGCGAGCAACGGCCUUCAUGUUACCCAGCGUGACGGAUGUUCCCCUGGACUAAAAAACCUGCUGUGCACCAACGACGGGAAGCAAGUUCUUGUCUCUUUUGUCCACAGAGUGUUCCAUCUGGCCAAUCUGAGGCUCCUCCAACAUGUUAGAGGUGCGGCUGGACAAGCCAGCAAGCAGCCAUACUUCUCUUUAAACUUUUUUUAUUUAUUAUCCAGGCAGGGAUUGUUCUGAGCAUGCACAGCCCCGCUACAUGUGUACAAUGAUAGUACAUUCAGAAAU